UGUCAAACUGGAAGAGAAGUAAAAUUCAACAAAAACUUACUAUGUGUGAAGUUCUUUCUUAAAAAGAAGAAAAAAGUGAUUACUGGAUUAUGGAUCGGAGCAAGCGGAAUUCAAUUGCAGGAUUUCCUCCCCGAGUGGAGCGUCUUGAAGAGUUUGAAGGAGGUGGCGGAGGGGAUGGGAACACAAUCCAGGUGGGAAGAGUUUGGCCAUCUUCAUAUCGAGCUCUUAUAAGUGCCUUUUCCAGACUGACACGUUUGGAUGACUUUGCCUGUGAAAAAAUAGGGUCUGGCUUCUUCUCUGAAGUGUUCAAGGUGCGCCAUCGAGCUUCUGGUCAGGUGAUGGCUCUUAAGAUGAACACAUUGAGCAGUAACCGGGCGAACAUGUUGAAAGAAGUGCAGCUCAUGAACAGACUCUCGCACCCCAACAUCCUUAGGUUCAUGGGCGUUUGUGUACAUCAAGGACAGCUGCAUGCGCUUACAGAGUAUAUCAACUCUGGGAACCUGGAACAGUUGCUGGACAGCGACCUGCACUUACCCUGGACUGUGAGGGUGAAACUGGCCUAUGACAUAGCAGUGGGCCUCAGCUACCUUCACUUCAAAGGCAUUUUCCACCGAGACCUCACCUCAAAGAACUGCCUGAUAAAGAAAGAUGAGAAUGGUUACUCUGCAGUGGUGGCUGACUUUGGCCUGGCUGAGAAGAUCCCUGAUGUGAGCAUGGGGAGUGAGAAGCUGGCUGUGGUGGGCUCACCCUUCUGGAUGGCGCCGGAGGUUCUCCGAGAUGAGCCUUACAACGAGAAGGCAGACGUGUUCUCUUACGGUAUCAUCCUCUGCGAGAUCAUCGCCCGCAUCCAGGCCGACCCAGACUAUCUUCCCCGCACAGAGAAUUUCGGGCUGGACUAUGACGCUUUCCAGCACAUGGUGGGAGACUGUCCCCCAGACUUUCUGCAGCUCACCUUCAACUGCUGUAAUAUGGACCCCAAACUGCGCCCAUCUUUUGUGGAGAUUGGGAAGACCCUGGAGGAAAUUAUGAGCCACCUACAGGAUGAAGAGUUAGAGAAAGACAGGAAGCUGCAGACUACUACUAAAGGUCUCUUGGAGAAAGUGCCUGGUGGGAAGAGACUGAGCUCACUGGAUGACAAGAUUCCCCACAAGUCACCUCGUCCGAGACGUACUAUCUGGCUGUCUCGAAGCCAGUCAGAUAUCUUCUCUCGUAAGGCCCCACGGACAGUGAGUGUCUUGGACCCUUACUACCGACCACAACAAGAUGGUGCUACCCGCACCCCCAAAGUCAACCCUUUUAGUGCCCGGCAGGACCUCAAGGGUGGCAAGAUCAAGUUCUUUGACCUUCCUAGUAAGUCUGUCAUCUCCCUAGUAUUUGACCUGAAUGCACCAGGGCCUGGAACUGUGACUGCAGCUGACUGGCAGGAGCCCCUGGCCCCACCUGCUCGCCGAUGGCGUUCUUUGCCUGGCUCACCUGAGUUCAUGCGUCAAAAAGUCUGUCCGUUCAUGAGCUGUGAAGAAGCACUAUCAGAUGGGCCUCCACCACGCCUCAGCAGUCUCAAGUACAGAGUGAGAGAGAUCCCGCCAUUCCAAGCAUCCACCCUGCGAGCCCACGAGGCCAUGGACUGCUGCAAUUCCCAGGAGGAAAACGGUUUGGGGCCCAGGCUUCAGGGAACCAGCCCAUGUUAUGGAGGUGGCUCUGAGGAGAUGGAGGUGGAAGAAGAAAGGCCAAGAGGCUUGGCUCCAGUCUCUUUCUUUAUCUCAGACAUGGGCCUACAAACCCAGGAAGAGCAAGAUGGAUGAGGUUAGUCCCUGCCUCACCUUGGGGUUGAACCUUUAGCUAGUCAUAGAGGCCCCCUUGGUGCACAGCCUUAACUCUCCCCUGGAGCCCAUAGU